AAAGCUUGCCACCGGCCUAGCUCAAACUAUAUCGCCGCCGUUAGAUCGUGUGGUGCCGCCCAGAUCGCAAGUUGCCCUAUUCUGCCGCCGCCGACAACCCAUCACCACAACCAGCCGCCUUGCAGAUUGAAACCCGCAUCGGCAGAGACGGAAACAUCGAGGUUCCCUGGCUGAAAUCACGCCGUCGUCUCCGUAAACUUAGCUAUUGUCAAAUUGCUUUUCCGUGACCAGAUCUGCCUCACAGCCGCACAAAGGAAAAAGUAAAGCAAAGUGCAAGCCGCUUAUCACCAGGAGGAAUAAGCAGAUCCAAAUUAGAAAAAUUUGCGGCACACUUGGGUUCCAGGUUCUAUAAUUUUUUGUCUGGUGCAUGAGUGCAUCAAUUAAUAUAUAAAAAAAACUGCAAAAGGGAGCUUGCAGCGGUACCCAAUUUUUUAGAGUAAUUGCCUUGGAGUUUUCGUUGCCACCUAGCCUCUUCAUUUUGCCAUUGUUUUGUUUGCCACUGCCUCCAAGAAAAAAAAUCACCCAAGACAAAAUUUGGAAAUAAUCAACAUUGAGGAGUGCCACCAUGACUCAUACAGCAUCCACGAGCAUAAAUCUCUGCACCCAGGUUCGUGAUCUUAGCCAGGUGUUCGUGCAGGUGCGAAAAGUAAUGGAAUAUCGAUUCGAUCGGCUAGAUGCAGCGUUGUUGGAAAUUCAAACCCACUUGGCCGAGUCUUCCGUCGGUAGCAUUAACGAAGUCACCCAUACGCCCAAGCUGGAAAUACCCAAGAGUGAUGGCUCCCAACCCAUGCGUUGGUUGCAUUUGGUAAAAGAAUACUUUGCUUAUUAUGAAAUCCCCUCAAAGGAUCGUUUGCAAUGUGUGACAUCGAUGUUGGAAGGGGCCGUGGCAGAUUGGUUCCGUUGGCGUAUGAAUUACGGGCUCAUUAAUGAUUAGGAUGAUUUUGUGCACAAGUUCAAAAUUCGAUUUGAUCCCUUUCAUUACGUCUUUAUGGAGAAGAUACCCGAAGAGGCCCAAGAAAUAAUUAUUCAGGUAGGGAAAGGAGCAGUUGUACACCCAACACUUGUUGUCAUGGAUAAAGGUGGAUCUCAGAAAUUGAGUGCUGGAGUAAACGUCAAGGAUGAUGACAUAUAUAGUGGGACUGAUGCAAUAGGGGAAGAGAGGGAUACCCCUAGUGGCGAGGAUGAAGCAAACUACGAGCUCGAGUGUACACCUUGUGCCAGAGACGUUGCAAAGGGCCAGACCUUGAGAUGUGUCAUCGACCCAAAUAGCCAACACCCUCUUUCUUUAGUUUGGUCUCGCAUAAUCAUGAUGUCUCACCACCCCCUUAUCAUCAAGUCAGAGAAUCAGGAUUUGAAGGGAGCUGCUAUACAUGUUAUUUUUGGGUCUCACCCAUAUUUCCCGCAAUGUGCCCCAAAAGUCAAGUCGGGUAAAGACUGGUCAACAAGUGAACAUCUUCUUUCAAUCAUCACUUUCUCCCCUAUCCAAAAACAUGAGUGGAAACCUCCACCUUGAGGACAAGGUGGUUUUCUAAGACGAGUACUCAGUAUGCAUUUGAAAAGAACAAAGGAAAAAGAUCAAA